AUGGCAGCUGCUGGAGUGGACUCGAAAUCAGAAGCUACCAACAAUGUGCUGGCACCUAGGAAUAAUAACCACCGUGGCUCUGCACCUCAGAUUUCUUUGACAGAGAGCACUCCAGAUCUCAACAGGAAGAUUCUGUUCACACCAGACAACCAAUUACAAGUUAACUGUCAGCGUGAACGCAGCGCUUCUAUAAAGGAACAAAUACCUGAUGAACAGCAGAAGUUCAUCAAUAUGAUCAGCGGUGCCCAGUGUGGACGCAUGGACGACCAAAGCUGUUCCUUUGAUCCCAGCAAGAGUGCACCAUGCACACCGAAACACAGAGUCCAACAGCCUGCUGCGAGUGAGGAUCCUGAAAUGUUGUUCAGCCUCUUGGCCAACGCUCAAAGCCGACGACUCGACGAUCAGCGUGUGUCUCUUCCAUCUUUACCAGGAUUACAAAACAAAGAGGCCCCAUCUACUGCAGAGGGAGACUCAAGCUACUUGUGUUUCAUGGUCUCUAAAGUUCAGGAUUCCAGAAUGGAUGAGCAAAGGUGCUCACUACCAAAAAUCCUGCCCACGGAGACCCGGUGUUCAACGAAUAAGAACACACUGGGGACUGGUUCAGGCCCUACACGUUCAGCCUCAUUCAGCCCCGGCUCAGAAAUAGAACAACAAAAGAAUAAAGUUAAAGCAUCUCAAAAACAGCUACAGGCUCAAGACUUGACUCCAGGUGAGGAUCCUGAAAUGUUGUUCAGCCUCUUGGCCAACGCUCAAAGCCGACGACUCGACGAUCAGCGUGUGGCUCUUCCAUCUUUACCAGGAUUACAAAACAAAGAGGCCCCAUCUACUGCAGAGGGAGACUCAAGCUACUUGUGUUUCAUGGUCUCUAAAGUUCAGGAUUCCAGAAUGGAUGAGCAAAGGUGCUCACUACCAAAAAUCCUGCCCACGGAGACCCGGUGUUCAACGAAUAAGAACACACUGGGGACUGGUUCAGGCCCUACACGUUCAGCCUCAUUCAGCCCCGGCUCAGAAAUAGAACAACAAAAGAAUAAAGUUAAAGCAUCUCAAAAACAGCUACAGGCUCAAGACUUGACUCCAGGUGAACAGGACUAUCUUUGUUCCUUGAUGGAUAAUUCUCAGCGUGGGCGAAUGGAUGAACAGCGAUGUGUCUUAAAUGCUACUCCCAAGUCCACACCCAAUAGAAAUGCCAGUCAGAGCACUGUUCCAAAAGGUCCAAAUUCGGAACAUUUCUUCAGCCUGCUGUCCAACUCUCAGGGCCGACGGCUUGAUGACCAGCGAGCAUCUCUUCCUUCUUUAGGGAUACAGAAUGGAGGUACCACCUCAACAUCAACUGCUGCAGAGAGGGAUGCCAGCCACUUGUGCUACAUGGUCUCCAAAGCCCAGGGUUCAAGGAUGGAUGGACAGAGAUGUUCUGCACCCUUCCUAAAUAUUGGAACCCCAUCUACUCAAAAAGGAAAUAAUCCCAGUUCAAGCACAUCUGAUUUGACUCUCAAAAGGUCUUUGUCCUUCAGCCGUUUCGAACAUCAGAAGGAGGCAUCUCCAUCUGAACAGAAACAGUUCUUGAAAAUGAUGAAUCAUGCACAAGGCGGACGAAUGGAAGAGCAGCGUUGCUCUUUACAGUCCAGCAGAAGCACACAUGCCACUCCCACACACAAUGGAAGAGCUUUAAAUAGACUCCCUUCAGGUGCAAAGGCGGGUGACUUCUUUGAAGUCAUUACUUCCAGUCAGAGUUAUCGGCUAGACGAUCAGCGUGUUGCACUUCCUCCCCUGUCAGAGAAAAGUCGAAAUUCUGGAAGAAAAGAAAAUGGUAGCAAUCCGAAGGAUGGACCAACUUCUCCACCAUGUAUCAUUGUUGCUGAAAGUACACCAACAACAUCAAGGAAGGAUUUUUCUAGACCCACCUAUCAAAUGGCUCAUGCAGAAUACGAUUCUCCCGGAUCCCUACCUAAAUCUGCUUCAUUUUCCCAAGAGACAGCUUAUCAGAAGAAGCUAAAUUCCCCAGGACAGGUGACAGUUAGGGUGUCCAUGAGCUUUACACCAGAGUUGGUACAUACGAAUAUGGACCAACCAUGCACAUUCCCAGAAGUCUUCCUCACUCUAGGAGCCCCUGGAGACAACCUUGUGAUCCCUCUGAGCCCAGCGCUUGGCAGAUCCCUGUCCUUCAAGUUAAACCUUGUCCCUAAAGAAGAUGUCCAGUACGAGCAUUGCUCUUCAUGCCAUGCAAGUCCCAGAAGAGCCCACACAAGGCCUUCAUCUCCCAACCCACAUGAACAGAGGAGCAUGGCCAGCCCCUUGAGUCCAGAUGAAAACUGCUUCUCUCGGAUUGAGAAGGUUCACACAGCUCAGCUGCAGAAGGGAAUGGCUCGAGGAGGACAGAAAUGUAAAGGGGAGCCAGUGAAAGGGAGGGAAAAGGCAGACCAGGGAAAGGGAGGUGGCAAGAAAGAUAGAAAGGUUGGUGGCAAUAAAAAAUAGUGUAGGAAUUUGUUAAAUGGUUUGCAAAAUAAUUGAAUGAACAAUGUUUAUAAAAUCUGUAGUGUUAAUAUUCCCACACUUAUUAGAAGCAGUCGCAUUAGUACACAUUUAUUACAAGUUUCUUUUGUUUCUUUUUUAAGGACAGCUUAUUUGUCGAGCCAUUUUUAUUUUAUUUUUGUUGUUUGCUGGUUCAAUGUUCCAUAAACAUAUACAUGGUUUACUUGUUUCUAGCACAGUUGUCUGAGUGGGAACUUUUUGCUUUGUUUUUUCAAUGAUAAUGCUUUUAAUAUAUUUAAUGAUUAUACUGUUUGAGCAGCUUAUCAUAGGAGAGAGAUGUUAGGUUGCUCUGUAAAACGUCAAUAAAAACAGAUAUACCUACAUUUAAAUUCAUGUUUGCACUUGGUUAGUGAAACAACUUUCUUUGGCCUAUUUGUGACAUUUUACAUAACUAAAGCUAGUUUUUAAUCAUGUCAAAUUAACUACAACAGCAUCAGCACUAAGUCGCCAGUGAGGUCUUUGUUUUGACCCACAGGGUUUAACACAGUUUCCUGUAAGAGUUUUCUGUGCUAAGUAGGAUAUCUCAUGUUGAAAAUGACAAACAAGAAGUAAAAA